AUGCUGAGCUCAGUCUGCGUCUCGUCCUUCCGCGGGCGCCAGGGGGCCAGCAAGCAGCAGCCGGCGCCACCGCCGCAGCCGCCCGAGUCCCCGCCGCCGCUGCCCCCGCCGCCGUCCCCGCCGCCGCUGCAGCAGCAGCAGUCUGCGCAGCCCGGCCCCGCCGCGUCCUCGGCGGGCCCCCCGGCACCUCGCGGGCCCGGGGGCCGGCGCGCCGAGCCAUGCCCCGGGCUGCCGGCGGCGGCCAUGGGGCGGCACGGCGGCGGCGGUGGCGACAGCGGCAAGAUCGUGAUCAACGUGGGCGGCGUGCGCCAUGAGACGUACCGCUCGACGCUGCGCACCCUGCCGGGGACGCGGCUGGCCGGCCUGACCGAGCCCGAGGCGGCGGCGCGCUUCGACUACGAUCCCGGCGCUGACGAGUUCUUCUUUGACCGGCACCCGGGAGUCUUCGCCUACGUGCUCAACUACUACCGCACAGGCAAGCUGCACUGUCCGGCCGACGUGUGCGGGCCGCUUUUCGAGGAGGAGCUCGGCUUCUGGGGCAUCGACGAGACCGACGUGGAGGCCUGCUGCUGGAUGACCUACCGGCAGCACCGCGACGCCGAAGAGGCGCUCGACUCCUUCGAGGCUCCGGACCCAGCGGGCGCAGCCAACGCCGCCAACGCCGCCGGCGCCCACGACGCGGGCCUGGACGACGAGGCGGGCGCGGGCGGCGGCGGCUUGGACGGCGCGGGCGGCGAGCUCAAGCGCCUCUGCUUCCAGGACGCGGGCGGCAGCGCCGGGGGUCCGCCAGGGGGCGCGGGCGGCGCAGGCGGCACGUGGUGGCGCCGUUGGCAGCCUCGCGUGUGGGCGCUCUUCGAGGACCCCUACUCGUCGCGGGCCGCCAGGUAUGUGGCCUUCGCCUCCCUCUUCUUCAUCCUUAUCUCCAUAACCACCUUCUGCCUGGAGACCCACGAAGGCUUCAUCCAUAUCAGCAACAAGACCGUAACACAGGCCUCCCCGAUCCCUGGGGCUCCACCAGAGAACAUCACCAAUGUGGAGGUGGAGACAGAGCCCUGCCUGACAUAUGUGGAGGGCGUGUGCGUGGUCUGGUUCACCUUCGAGUUUCUCAUGCGCAUCACCUUCUGCCCAGACAAGGUGGAGUUUCUCAAGAGCAGCCUCAACAUCAUCGACUGUGUGGCCAUCUUGCCCUUCUAUCUUGAGGUGGGACUCUCAGGCCUCAGCUCCAAGGCCGCUAAAGACGUGCUGGGCUUCCUGCGGGUGGUCCGCUUUGUCCGAAUCCUCCGCAUCUUCAAGCUCACGCGCCAUUUUGUGGGGCUGCGUGUCCUGGGCCACACGCUCCGUGCCAGCACCAACGAGUUCCUGCUGCUCAUCAUCUUCCUGGCUUUGGGCGUGCUCAUCUUUGCUACUAUGAUCUACUACGCCGAGCGCAUUGGCGCCGACCCCGAUGACAUCCUGGGCUCCAACCACACCUACUUCAAGAACAUCCCCAUCGGCUUCUGGUGGGCCGUGGUCACCAUGACUACCCUGGGCUAUGGAGACAUGUACCCCAAGACGUGGUCAGGGAUGCUGGUCGGGGCGCUGUGUGCCCUGGCGGGGGUGCUCACCAUCGCCAUGCCUGUGCCCGUCAUUGUCAACAACUUUGGCAUGUACUAUUCGCUGGCCAUGGCCAAACAGAAGCUGCCCAAGAAGAAGAACAAACACAUCCCUCGCCCCCCGCAGCCCGGCUCUCCGAACUAUUGCAAGCCUGACCCUCCGCCGCCACCCCCACACCACCCCCACCAUGGCAGCGGCGGCAUCAGCCCCCCGCCCCCCAUCACCCCACCCUCUGUGGGGGUGACUGUGGCUGGGGCCUACCCACCGGGCCCCCACACACACCCAGGGCUGCUCAGGGGGGGAGCGGGUGGGCUCGGGAUCAUGGGGCUGCCUCCUCUGCCAGCCCCUGGGGAGCCCUGCCCGUUGGCUCAGGAGGAAGUAAUUGAGAUCAACCGGGCAGAUCCCCGGCCCAAUGGGGACCCUGCAGCAGCUGCACUGGCCCACGAGGACUGCCCAGCCAUCGACCAGCCCGCCAUGUCCCCGGAAGACAAGAGCCCCAUCACCCCUGGGAGCCGUGGCCGCUACAGCCGGGACCGAGCCUGCUUCCUCCUCACCGACUACGCCCCUUCCCCUGAUGGCUCCAUCCGGAAAGGUUACGAGAAAUCCCGCAGCCUGAGCAGCAUCGCGGGCCUGAGCGGGGUGUCCCUGCGCCUCGCGCCCCUUGCCACUCCCCCUGGCUCUCCCAGGGCCGCCCGCCGCGCUCCCCCAACCCUGCCCUCCAUCCUCUAGCGCUCCCCUCCCCCCCGUGGGGGGACUGGGGGUGACAGGGAAGAAGGUCAAAGGAGCUGGGGGUGGGGGGUGGGGGAAAGGGUUUUUUUUUUUUUUAAAUCAAAAAGUCAUUAAUAAUAUGCAACCGAGACGACGACGCCAGCAGACACCCCCGGACCCCUCACCCCCACCUGGGCCCCCAGGAUGGAGGGGAAGGAGCCAAAGUCAAGCCCCGCCCCCAACUCUUCCCCCCCUCCAAAUAAAGCCUUCUCAGGUCUCCAUGAGCCAUAGGACAUCCCGCUCCCAUAAACUCCUGUAAAUACGUCCAAAUUAUGCCAAUUACAUUUUGGGGCGCCUCUUCCCUAUUCUGCAUGCCUCCCUCAACCUGGACCCCCCCUUCCAACUUCACCUCAGCAAUAAGCCGCCAGGGGCUGCAUGCCAUGCCAUUGAGGGAAGGGGCACUCUGGGAAGGGGGCAGGGACCUCAAGGGGGUCAGGAGGGUCUCCUCGCCUUCUACCCUUCACCCCAGGAGGGCAACCCAUCACAUUGAUGUAAAAAAUAUAUUAGCAACAAUGUGGGGGAAGGAGGUAUAGUCACUCAAGCCAAAAACAACAAAAUGAGCUGAGCUCAGAUGGUAGGAGCAGAGGCAUGGGGGGUGUGCUGUGGACAGCUGCUCCCUCAGCCUUUAGGGGGAUCCCUCUGAUGAAUAUGACCCUUUCAUCCCUCCACACCCCCACACCCCCAAGGGAUCUGCUCGCCUCUAUUCUUGCUGCAUGGACUCAGACCUCCCAUCUCAGAAUUUCUGGGAUGAUCUGAGCCUAGCACACAAAAUUCCCCCAACACCCCCUCCAGAUGACCAGGACAUGAGACCUGCACCAGGAUUCCUGAGACCAACCCUGGCACCCCACAUCCCCUAAAUCCCCACCAGGUCCUGGGACUUCACCUCUGCAUACAGAUGCUGCCCCCCCAAGCCCCACCCCACCCAUUUGCCUGGACUGCAUCCCAGCACCUCAAACCUCCAAGACUUGACCCAGCCCUUCAGCCUUUGGGAUGCUCCAAAUCCUUCCCACACUUGGACAUUUCUUGGACACCCCCAAAUCCUCAGGCCUCCCCCCCCCACCGAUGUCCCCAAAUUUCCGACAUCAGACAUCCACCUCAGGUUCUCCUGAUGCUAGAAUUUCCAGGAUAGGCUCAACCUGUCUGCAAUUCCAGGGAACCAGACCUUCUCCCGGGCAUCCCCUUUCUUAUGCCUAGCCCUGCCUCCUCCAAGAGCCCCUCCCCUUCAAUGGUGCCCAAAAGGGACCCUCUUCAUGGACAUCAGUGUUUCCCAGAGGGUUAUAUUUGUACCCGUGGUGAUGUGCUAAGGUUUUAGGCAGUACAAGGACACUUAAUCUAAAAAGUUUUGUCUUUUACGGCAUCUUGCUCAAAGCCGGUAAGUCCAGAUACUGCUGCCUGGCCCAGACACCAUUUAUUUAGGGUAGAGUGUUUCCGCUUAAAGCAGAGGCUGUGCCCCCCGUGAAGGGACACUGGAACAUAUCAGAAGCUCGGGAAACGACAAGCCUACCGGGGCUGGGAUACCAGCCCACCCUUCCCCGGCAUUCCUCAUCCUGCCCUGCUCGCGGGUGGAAGAUCAUUUCUCAUAUCCCAUCCUGGCUCAAGGAUGCGCUACCUCCCCCAAGCCCAGAGACCGCACCGGUCCCAGAAUCCUUAGAAGGGACUCCCCCACCUUUUGGAGCUGGAGGCCCACGGAAUUAGCAACCUCCCUCCCUUUGCUCCCACGGCCUCAGGAACCCCCCCCAACCCACCUGAGGGUUGGGGGGGGGUGUCACUGAGGACGAUUCUUGAUGCAACGAUUCCUAUGCAAGGGGCAUUUUGAGUCCCCCCAUCCUUCCCUCGGACCCUAAACCCUGGUGAAUCAGGGGUGAGGGGUGGGGCAGGUUCUGGUGGGAGCGGGGUGGGACGAGGCAAAGGGCUAGGGGCUCCAGACACCAGGGUAUGGGGGUGGGGACUGAUCAUAUUGCCAAAGGGUUUAACUUCUUAAAAAAAAAAAAAAAAAAAACAUAGCCCCCAGAUUCCUCUAACCCUCACGGAAGCCGAACAGUGCGGGGAAAGGGGG